ACAAUAAGAAUGGAAAAUUCAUCUCUUAUCGUAAUGUUUACUCUUUCGGGGUUAAAUGAAACAAAAGAAAAUAAAUAUGUAUACUUUUCCUUGACACUUUUAGGUUAUUUUUCAAUUAUUUUUGUCAAUGUGACGUUAAUGGUGACAAUCCUACUAGAGAGAACCCUACAUGAACCAAUGUAUAUCUUCCUCUGUAAUCUGAGUUUUAAUGGACUGUACGGCACAGCUGGUUUUUAUCCGAAAUUCCUGGCUGACAUUCUCUCUGACACUCAUGUGAUCUCAUAUGCUGGGUGCUUUAGUCAGGUGUUUGUAAUCUACUCUUCAGUUCUCUGUGAUUUUUCGACUUUGACAGUGAUGGCUUAUGACAGGUAUGUAGCCAUAUGCAGGCCGUUAGAUUAUCACUCCAUCAUGACAAAUAAGAAUGUGGGUAAAUUGAUCUUGUUGUCCUGGCUUCUUCCUUUGUCUUGUAUUUCGGGUUUGAUCUCAUUGUCAGCAAGGCUGCCUUUAUGUGGAUCCCACAUUGAAAAACUGUACUGUGAGAACUGGUCCAUUGUGAGGCUUUCUUGCGGACCCACCACAUUAAAUAACGUGUACGGGUAUUUUGUAAUAUUAGUGUUUAUGGGACAUGUGUUUUUUAUUCUUUAUUCUUAUAUGAAACUUAUUAUUACAUGCAGAACAUCCAGCAAAGGCCGAGGUAAAUUUAUGCAAACUUGUGUUCCACAUUUGUUCACCCUGAUCAACUUCACCAUUGCUUUACUGUUCGAUACCAUGUACAGUCGAUACGGAUCAAAGGAUUUCCCGCAGAGCCUCCGCAAUUUCCUGGCCCUGGAAUUUCUCCUCAUCCCUCCACUUUUCAACCCCUUGGUUUACGGUUUAAAAUUGACUCACAUCCGCACACGGAUGAUGAGGACACUGUGCAAGAAACACAGAGACGCUGUGCACGAAGGAAGCGGGGGAAAACAUGUUAUAGCCCUUUCGGGAUUAUAA